AUGUUCGUUGUAAAAAACUUGAUAGCGUUUUACGAAAGUCUGGCGACCAGAGAGUCAACAAAGCCAGCAAAAAUAAACAAAAGGGGCGACAAUACAACUAAAUUAGUUGAGCUGUAUGACAGCCAAGCGAUGGCCAAUAUAAAAAAAGGGACGGCCUACGACAGCUUUAAGGCCGGUAGGAGGACAACAAAGGUGGGGGCGAGACAAAUAGAUGCCCAUGUUGUUGUUUCACUCGAUCAGCCGAUGCUGGUUGAGUGCCGGGACGCAGUGGAGAUAGAUAACCCACCAGAACAAAUGAGGAGUGGGUGUAAGGAUCGUGAGUUGGUGAAAGAAAUUGUAUGUAGUGAUACAAUUGCGGUGAAACCCUGUAAAAAGCGUGUCAAUUUCGAUAUAGCACUUAACAAAGUGCAUGUUUAUGAAAAAGUCGAAUGGGUGGAUUGAAAAU